CUAGACAAGCUGUAAAGCAUAUACCUAAAAUGAACAACUGCAUUUCCCCUCUUUGAGAUCAAUUUCAUCGCAUCUUCCACGACAAUAUAUGUUUUAUAUAUACACACAGAGAGAGUAUUAAUUAAAGUCUAAGAGGCUGCGGUUACCAUGGCACUGGUGGUGUAUUGGUAUGAUUUAGUUUGUUUUGGAAUUGUGGCUGCUGCUUUUAUUGGCUCCUUGUGGAUGAUAUGGAGUAAGGAAAAUUCCUCCAGAUGCGAUGAUAACACCAUUUAUGAAAGCCUGAUAGCCGCUGGACCAGACAGUGAUGGUUUCGUAUGCGCCACCCCUAAGGCUUAUGUUGGCUCAAUCCAGCUUUGGACCAGCUGCUGGAAAGGGGUGCACCCCGGAUGGCUCUUGCUGACUCGUUUUGUGUCCUUCAUAGCCUUGGCCGGAUUCUUAUCAUGGGAUAUUGCGGAUUGCGAUGCAUCUGUCUUUAUCUACUACACAGAGUGGACAUUUACAUUAGUUAUGAUCUAUUUUGGGUUGGGGACAGUUGUAUCUGCAUAUGGAUGUUGGGUCUACCCAAAGGAAUCAAAGUCUGAAAAUGGGGCAAUAGAUGAGUUUAUGAUUAGGGAUGUUGAAGAAACUAUAACUACAAACACUUUGACAUAUGGAGCUAAAGAAAUUCGAGGUAGCAUCCAAUUGCAAAGCCAAUAUGCUGAGAAGGUGAUUCAACACCGAGCUGGAUUUUGGGGAUAUCUUAUGCAAGCUAUCUAUCAGACUUGCGGGGGCGCUGUCAUCCUAACAGACAUAGUGUUUUGGUGUGUUAUUGUACCAUUUUUACCAGACGCUCAUCUGAAACUGAACACGUUGAUGGGUUGCAUGCACACACUGAAUAUUGCUUUUCUUCUGCUAGACUCGGCGCUCAAUAACCUUCCAUUUCCUUGGUUUCGGAUUGCAUACUUUAUCCAGUGGAGCUGUAUCUAUGUUGUUUUCCAAUGGGUCAUCCACGCCUGUGGUUUUUCAUGGUGGCCAUAUCCUUUCAUCGAGCUUGAUACACCUUGGGCUCCUUUAUGGUAUUUCUCUUUGGCUGUGUUUCACAUUCCCUGUUAUGCCAUAUUUGCACUGAUUAUGAAAGCCAAAAAUACAUUUCUUCCCCGAUUGUUUCCUCAUGCUUUCCUGAGGUCAUGCUAGAUCCUCCUUGGAGAUGUCUUUCAUUCGUUAUUCUGAUCGUGAACUUGUGUAUGUAGCACUGGGAAUAAUCAAGCCCCUCCACUCAGGAUUGUUGUGGGUGUUACAGCCCUAGUGCCUUGUUGCUUACAUAUAUUAAGAUAAAAUAUUAGCGUUAUAGUUCUCAAA